AUGUCUUGGAAUAUUCAUACGGUUGUUCGUCUCAUUACGAUUGCAGCUUGCCAAUUCCGGGGACAACGCGGAAAAGCCGGGAAAUUCGCUCGAGUCGCCGAGAACGCCACUUUGGGCACUGAGAUCUUCAGGGUGUCAGUCUUCCCGCGACAGCGGUUCAAUGUCCAAGCCUUGGACGGGUCGCGCUCAGAUGGUUAUUUCACAUUCCGCGAAAUCGACCGCCGUACCGUUGCACUCAUUCUGCAUCAGAGUCUCGAAGAUUUGGUCGACCAAUCAGCCCCCAUUAGUGCUCUGCAGUUCAGACUGUCUUGUCGGGGAAGGAGCGGUCCUACGGAUUACCUCCCUGUAACCGUGUAUAUAGACGACAUCAAUGACAACCGUCCGGAGUUCAUUGGCACGCCCUAUAAUGUGAGCCUGGACGAAUCGGCCACGCCCGGUUUGACCGUGUUUCGAGGGAUCUCCGCCCUUGACCGCGACAAACCGGGCACCGCCAAUGCCGCCAUCACCUACUCAAUUGUGAGUGGGAAUAGUGAUAGGAAGUUCUCAUUGGAGGGACGGAACAGCGUCAAGACCGUCUUGGUCUUGAGGAAGGCCUUGGACUUUGAUGCUGGAGAGCGACAGUUCAUUUUGACCAUCAGAGCACAGGAUAAUGGAAAUCCUCCAAUGAGUAGCGAGACGGAGCUGAUUAUCAAUGUGAACGAUUCUGAUGACCUGGGUCCAAAAUUCACCGAGAGAAAGUAUAAAACCACGAUUCAGGAGGAUUUUCCGAUUAAGGGUCACCAAAUCCAGAGGCUGCUCCAAUUUUCUCCACCGUUGCAUGCCAGCGAUCAGGACAUUGGAAUGAAGUCACCGCUUCAUUAUUCCAUCCUCAAAGGCAACCAGGACGAUUACUUUUCAAUCGAUCCAGCCACGGGUCUGCUUUAUCAGACCAAGGAAAUCGAUGCCGAUGUCUUGCCAGAGAAUGUACUCAAGCUGGAGAUUGAAGCCAAACAAACGGACAACCCUUUAAAAUCGGACAUUGCCAUUGUGGAGAUCACGAUUGAAGAUAUCAACGAUAAUGCACCCAAGUUUGCCAUUGAGGAGUACAACAUGACCAUAGUAGAGAAUCUACCAGAUGGCUUCGAGAUCAUGAGUUUCCAAGCAACUGAUGCGGACAAGGGGUCCAAUGCUCAAUUCAUUUACACCUUGAAAGACCCCUCCGAGUCAUUCGAGAUUGGCACGACCACCGGAACUUUGAGCCUCAAGAACCCCCGGAUCUUGGAUUUUGAAGCUAGAGAAUUCAUCGAAUUGGAGGUGGGCACCCGAGAACUGGUGCCCAAUGUAGCACCUGUGGGCAGAAAUGCGUCAAAAUCAGAAUCCGUCAAGAUCAAGAUCAACAUCGAGGACGAGAAUGAUAACCCUCCCACGUUUCAUCCUAGUUCUCUCUUCACGUUUUCAAUUCCUUCAACCAUUGGACCCAAUGAGCGAGUUGGAGACAUCAACGUAUCAGACAACGACAGCGGAUUGAACGGCCAAGUCAAAAUCUUGCUUCUUAACCACACGGACCUCUUCCAGAUCAACCAAGACACUGGCAGGAUUCGAACCCUGGCCUCGGGCCCAGCUCUAUCCCAGAACAAGUACAUGCUAACGAUAAAAGCCACUGAUCAAGCGGAAAAUGCAGCCAAGAGAUUCUCCACUUUGGGCAAGGUGCACAUCUACAUUGAAGCACCAAAAGUGCCUAGGAGUUUGCCUAUUGAGGAGGGUGAUGAUCAGAAGGGCGGAGAAGAGAUUCCGAUCCAUUUCCCAUUGGGGCUUCAAGAAUUUGAAGUCAAACGUAAUGGCAAGAAAGGCACCACCAUUGGCAAAGUGGACAUCCUGAACCCGAAUAAUGUGGAACUACAUUGGGUGAUGCGUCACCGAUAUCGAAAUGGAGUGCCCUUUGGGAUUGAUCGGCGCAAUGGAAAAAUUGGCCUUGUCAAGGACAUUGGCUCCAAUGCCUUGGACACCUACUUCCUCAAGGUGAGCGCGGAAACGCCAGAAAAGGAUCGCUUCAUCACAGAGAUCAAGCUCUCGAUCACUGAACCAGAGGAAAAAAUUAUCACCAAGAUCCCAUUCAUUCCCCCAAUGUAUAAUUUCACCGUGAAAGAGAAUCUCCCGGGAGCCUUGAUAGCCAAUCUCACCGAGCUCACAGCCUUGGUCAAGCGAAAUAGUACAGGCAAUCCCAGUCACAAGGAUUUUACUAUCUCCAAUGACGACCAAGAUGUGAAGAACAAAUUUAGUGUGACUGACUCCGGUCUCCUUUACACCAAGGACGCUCUUGAUCGAGAAGACACGGCUGUCUUUGAACUGAGCAUUGAUCUAGGCCGUGGUAUCUUGAGGUCAAAGGAUCAGUUCAAGAUUCAUAUCGAGGUGGAGGAUGACAAUGACAACAGUCCGGCCUUUGACCGGCAUAUUUAUCAGGGAAGCAUUGAAAAAUCCGCAGCUCCAGGCACACCUGUGAACCUUGGAAACGUGGUCAAAGUGACUGAUCCAGACUUGAACGACCGAAUACAGCUACAGCUACUGGGAAAAGGCAGCAACAUCUUCAGGUUGGAUCCAUUAAGUGGAAAUGUGUUCCUGUCCUCUCAAGAGGUCUUGGCCAAUAUGCUGAAAACGGAGAGGCUUGAAAAGCUAUAUUUGCGAAUAAGAGCCUCGGAUUCACUGGAUCAUAUUACAGAAUCCCAACUAGUUGUCCAUCUUUUAGACACAAAAGCAGACCAACCUCCCGAGGUUCGAGGUUUGGCGAUUAUCAACUCGCGUUUUGUAGAACUGAAAGAGAAAGAUCAUUUGUUGGUGAAUGAAGACACACCACCCGGAACGCAACUGGCUCGAGUCAUGGCUACUGAUGAGUCUUCAAGUGUUAAGGAUUUUCGAUUAGAGUUCGUUAUCCUUGAAGAGAUAGUGAGUGAUAUUGGAACUUCAAAAAUAGCAAAUGCAUCGUCUGAACAUCUCAAUAUUGCUCAUUUUGAGAUUGCUAAGGAUUCUGGAGAUAUUGUGCUCAAACGCAAACUCUCCCCAACCCUUGAGUACAGUUUGAAUAUUACAGUCAGAGACGAAAAUGAAAUGGAGACUCUAACCAUUGUGAUCAUUUCCGUUAAGGACAUCAACGACCACAAGCCUCGAUUUAGCAAUCAAAACUAUGCUUUUGAAAUAAUUGAAGGUGAUUAUGUGGAUAAAAAAAUAGGGGAGGUCAUUUCCAAGGAUGAUGAUAUUGGAAUCAAUGGAAAAUUGACAUAUGAGCUCAAGUCGGCUUCAGUAUUGCCAUUUUGGAUCGACAAACAAAAUGGAUCACUAUAUGCCAAUGGAUCACUUCAUCAUCAAGCUAAUGACUCCUACUUAUUUGAAGUGGUUGCUACUGAUGGAAGUUUAGCUGAACCAAUGGCAGCCAAAGUCAAUGUCACCGUUAAAGUCUUAGAAGUCAAUGAUCACGAACCAGAGUUUAUUGGUUUUGAAACCAUGAAACUAGUCAGUGUUGCCAAACUUGCCGAACUGGGUCUGAAUGUUACCAAGAGCAAGCAUAUGCCGUACUAUGAGUCUCCAAUUGCCAACGAUUUGCAAAGAGGAGACUUGCUCACCAAGAUAAAUGCCUCCGACAAAGAUGGUCAAGAGGUUCAGUUCAGAUUGGUCAAUAAUCAUGGUUUCCUCAAGAUUAGUGACAGUGGCUCGCUCUUGGUCGAAAAGGACACUUUUGUAGAAACGGAUGUAGAGAUCUUUGUCCAGAUCAAAGACAAAGCAGAUUUGCCCAAAAGCAGCAUCGCCUUGCUAGUCUUGAAAAUCCAGUCACCGAGCACUCCAUCAACUACUUCAACGAGCAAACCAUCUUCAACAAUGAGAAUGGAAAUAGCUCCAAGUACGACUCAAGAAUUGGUGACAACAAUGAUCCCGGUUACUUUGGAGGAUGUCAGUGAAGUUAAAGAUUAUGAAGAGGCGCCGAGACGUCAAGAACCACGGAAAAUUUCCUUGAGUCAGCCAUUCAUUCAAGAGUCAAGACUGUUUGCGAGUUCCUCUGAAACUGUUGAGGUCUACGAGAAUCUUAAAACUCCACAUCCAAUCUUGGACUUGAACGACUAUCUAACUGAGGAUUUGAGCACCGUACAGCUUGCUCUUCAAGGAUCGGACAGUGGACAAUUCAUCUUGGAUCAAGCCACAGGCCAAGUGUUCAUCGCCAAUCCUCCGGAUAGAGAGCUAAAGGAUCACUACAAUUUCACUAUUCAGGCCUACAUCCCUGCUCCAAACUCUGGCGACAAGAAGGUGCCUGUUCUUUUCUACACACUCUAUAUCAAUGACCACAAGAACAAGGAGAACCUUGUUGAAGAUGAGCUCAACGUAGUAGUAACGAUCCUGGAUGUCAAUGACAACCGUCCAGAGUUUCUCACCAAUGCUGAUCCCAUGAUCAUCUCCUUGGAUGCAGAUAUUGACUCUGGCUCCAUGUUAGCAAAGAUUGAGGCUUGGGACGCUGACCUAGGAUUGAAUGCCGAGAUUCGCUACUCGCUGGUCGGUUCAAAUGAGUUUUUCAGGAUCCAACCUGAAACUGGUGACUUGGAAUUGGCUGCCUCAGUACUCCGGGAGGCCGGAAAAUCCUUUGAGAUGAAAGUUGAAGCCAAAGACUCCAGAGGCGAGCGGAUUGGCCUUUACUCUUCAAUCGGACUCAUUGUCCAUGUUCUAAAUCCAAGCUACCAAGUCCAUCUGAUCCUUGAAAACAAAGUCCAGGAUGUCCUUCUCGACAUGCCAAAUAUUACGCAAACAUUGACAAGUCUUUCAGGAUUUGAGGUCCUUUCGCAUUCAGUCACUCUUCAUGAGGAGGAUUCCUUGCUCAUUCAACCAGAGUUAGAGAAGACGGAUCUUUUCGUAUAUGCCACGGAUUCAAAUCACCUUGUCAAUACCGAUAGGAUCGUUCGAUCUUUGACUAACCAGUUGUCAACAACGCGACAACAGCUUUCAAACCACGGACUAUUAGAGCUUCGUGCUGGAAGCUUUGUUCUUUCUCCGGAUGCAAAGUCGCCAUUUAACCAAAUCAAUCAAUCCCAUGGACAUCAUCAUCGACAAGGUGCUCUUGGAACUUGGGAAGUUACAUUAUUGAUAAUGGCUUGUGCCAUAUUUUUGGGAGGUCUCAUUGCCUUGGUCACAGUUUGCUCAAUCCGUUACAAGAGGGGAAUCAAAGCUUAUCCAGCUCCUUUGGCAAUUCCUUUGCCUUUUAACACAAUGGAUGCUCCUCCACCACCUCCACAAAUCAUCGCACAUGGUCCACCCUCAAUGGGCGCAGUGGUUCCUGGACCUUCCAUUCUUCAUCAUGGAGAGCCUCGUCGGCAAUCUGUUAAAAGUAACAGCUAUCGCUCCCACCACACCCACAUGGAGUCCUCUGAGGAUACCAGUGACACUUGCUUGGAUGAUCACAUGGACAUGAGAUCCCCAGAUCAUCACCAGUCACAUAAUUUUCUUUUGGGAUUCCGGAGCAGGAGCAACUCGCACAAGAACUCUUCAUCAACUCCAAAAGAGUCGAAAAAGUGGCACAAACGGAGCCGCUCUUGGAAAGAGUCCCUUUCCAAGGAGGAUUCUUCCAAGGACUCUGGAAUCAGUCGCGGUGGAGCUCUUGAGGAUGAGAGUGAGGAUUGUUGUGAUUGUAGGAACUCAAUUGCGAGUAGCUGUGAUAGCUGUUCGGAGUGCUUGUUGGAUUCACGUCACAACACUUACUCUCACUUCUCACGUUCGCCAUCACAUUUGAGUCAUCGACGUCAAACUCGCCGCCAUAAAUCUGCCUCUCCAUCGCGCAAAUCCUGGACCUCCAAUGGUCCAAACAGUCAAGACUUGACUGGGACUCCCAAGAUUCGAUCAAGAUCCGUUGGAAAUGGACUCAAAGACGAUUGCGUUGACUGCCAACGAAGGUCCCACCAACAGAGCCCUUGCCAUUGUUGUUCCCAUUGCGGUGACGCCAACUAUUGGGAUCGUAGUCGAAAUGAGCCUUUGAGUAAGAGCACUCGUUCCACAAAAUGGGAAGUUUACCAUGAUUGGGGCCGAGAUAGUGCUGAAGCCUCUUUAGAGCGCAACCUCGAAAGGAGAAAGCGUGCCACUUUUGACCCUAACUUAGAAUCUUCCACGCGUGCGGCUGCCAGUUCUACCAAUAAAGCCCAUAGUUGGCGCGGAGAUCACCCGAUGAAGCACGGCCAUUACUUCCACCACGAGCACAAGCAUCACCACGCCCACAACCCCCACCCCCACGAGGGUCGUCACCAGCAUCCCUCAGCCUCCCAACAACCCAUCUCGAUGCCAUUUCGAACCACUUAUUCCUACGGAGAGGAUGUGGGCGGGCCAUCCAUGAAGGGCGGCUCCGCCUUGUCCAUUACUUCGUCUAGUCCAAUCAAAAGCCAUUCUAGCUCAAGUCCCGUGGCCAAUGGGAUCAAAUUGGUGGGAUUAGCUCAAUCUAGUCCGAGAAUCAUGGACAAACCGUUGCAGAGUGCCAAUCUUUGAUUCACUAUAUUAAGUGCGAACUGUAUUGAAGCUGCAUUUUCCCUGGAUGAGGAUGCUCUGGAGCAUCCUCAUGUUUAUGUGGGGUGCUUGUGAGAGUGUAGAUGUGUUUUUGAGUACUUGUAUGUGAAUUUGCUUUGAAAUUAGGCUGAAAUAAACGAUUUUAUAGAAGAA